CUGCUGCCGGCACUUACCUGCCCCCCCUGCAGCAGGUUUUUCAAGCCCCCCGCCGGCCCGGGAUAGGAACGGUGGGAAAGCCGAUCAAGCUCUUGGCCAACUACUUUGAGGUGGACAUCCCGAAGAUCGACGUCUACCACUAUGAAGUGGACAUCAAGCCGGACAAGUGCCCUCGUAGAGUCAACAGGGAGGUGGUGGAAUAUAUGGUACAGCACUUCAAACCUCAGAUCUUUGGAGACCGGAAGCCGGUAUAUGAUGGGAAAAAGAACAUUUAUACAGUCACUGCCCUGCCGAUCGGGAAUGAGAGGGUGGACUUUGAGGUGACCAUUCCAGGAGAAGGCAAAGACAGGAUAUUCAAGGUUUCCAUCAAGUGGAUCGCCAUCGUGAGUUGGCGGAUGCUUCACGAGGCUUUGGUGAGCGGGCAGAUCCCGGUUCCUCUGGAAUCUGUCCAGGCUCUGGACGUCGCCAUGAGGCACCUCGCCUCCAUGAGGUACACCCCGGUGGGCCGUUCCUUCUUCUCUCCCCCUGAAGGAUACUAUCACCCCUUGGGAGGCGGCAGGGAAGUCUGGUUCGGAUUCCACCAGUCUGUCAGGCCGGCGAUGUGGAAAAUGAUGCUCAACAUAGAUGGUAAUGCUGCUUGUAUAUACUUCUGCCGGAAAGUGGCGAAGUUCCACGUUGAGAUUGAACGAAGAUGGCGCAGCUCCUGGUCGGCUCAAGCAAUCUGUCUCACUCUCUCACAUAUAUCCCUAGGUUUAAAAGUGGAGGUGACGCACUGCGGGCAGAUGAAGAGAAAAUACCGUGUGUGCAAUGUCACACGGCGGCCGGCGAGUCACCAAACGUUCCCCCUGCAGCUGGAGAGCGGCCAGACGGUUGAAUGCACGGUCGCCCAGUACUUCAAGCAAAAAUACAACCUCCAGCUGAAGUACCCCCACCUGCCUUGUCUCCAAGUCGGCCAAGAACAGAAGCACACGUACCUGCCCCUGGAGGUGUGUAACAUCGUGGCCGGCCAGCGGUGCAUCAAGAAACUAACGGACAAUCAGACCUCCACCAUGAUAAAAGCAACAGCGAGGUCUGCUCCGGACAGACAAGAGGAGAUCAGCCGUCUGAUGAAGAAUGCCAGUUAUAACCUGGACCCGUACAUACAGGAGUUUGGCAUAAAGGUGAAGGACGACAUGACCGAAGUCACGGGGCGGGUCUUGCCAGCCCCCAUCUUACAGUACGGAGGCCGGAACCGUGCCAUCGCCACACCAAACCAGGGGGUUUGGGACAUGAGAGGAAAGCAGUUCUACAACGGGAUUGAGAUCAAAGUCUGGGCCAUCGCCUGCUUUGCCCCUCAGAAGCAGUGCCGGGAAGAGGUUCUGAAUUUGCGCAGCAGCUGGCGCGCCGGCUCUGACACCGUCUCCUGUCCCCCCCCAGCGGAGGUCAAGCGCGUGGGAGACACACUCCUGGGAAUGGCCACGCAGUGCGUGCAGGUGAAGAACGUGGUGAAAACAUCCCCGCAAACCCUUUCCAAUCUCUGCCUCAAGAUCAACGUCAAGCUUGGAGGGAUCAACAAUAUCUUGGUGCCCCACCAGCGCUCUGCUGUCUUUCAGCAGCCGGUUAUAUUCCUGGGUGCUGAUGUAACUCACCCGCCCGCCGGGGAUGGAAAGAAGCCCUCCAUAACGGCGGUGGUCGGGAGCAUGGACGCCCACCCGAGUCGCUACUGCGCCACCGUGCGGGUCCAGCGCCCGCGGCAGGAGAUCAUUGAGGAUCUCUCGUACAUGGUCAGAGAGCUCCUCAUCCAGUUCUACAAGUCCACGCGCUUCAAGCCCACCCGUAUCAUCUUCUACCGCGACGGGGUGCCGGAAGGACAACUGCCACAGAUCCUGCACUACGAGCUCCUGGCCAUCCGCGACGCCUGCAUCAAGCUGGAGAAGGACUACCAGCCGGGCAUCACCUACAUCGUUGUACAGAAACGACACCACACUCGCCUUUUCUGUGCCGAUAAGAACGAAAGGAUUGGUAAAAGUGGCAACAUCCCAGCAGGGACGACGGUGGACACGAACAUUACUCACCCCUUUGAGUUUGACUUCUACCUGUGCAGCCACGCUGGCAUUCAGGGUACGAGCAGACCUUCUCAUUACUACGUCCUUUGGGACGACAACCGGUUUACAGCAGACGAACUUCAAAUCCUCACCUACCAGCUUUGCCACACGUACGUUCGCUGCACCCGCUCGGUUUCUAUCCCAGCACCAGCAUAUUAUGCCCGCCUGGUGGCAUUUCGGGCACGGUAUCAUCUUGUGGACAAAGAGCAUGACAGCGGAGAAGGCAGCCACAUCUCUGGCCAAAGCAACGGCCGCGACCCUCAGGCCUUGGCCAAGGCGGUUCAAGUUCAUCAAGACACUUUACGUACCAUGUAUUUUGCUUGAGAGCCUGAUUUUUUUACCUCACUCCAGAAAGCUUUCAUAUUUGUAGGAGCCAUACAGAAAAAAUAAAAACAGACAGGAAAAAAAAAAGAAAAGAAAAAGGAAGCAUUGGGUGACCCCCCCCUUGAGGGGGGCAUCCAAUGAGGAAUAAGCUGCAGGGCACGGAUGGCGGUGGAGGCAGGAAAACCAGCGACCCUCUGAGGUGAAGAAAAGGGAGCCACUUCUCCAGAUGAAGGUGCCACGGUUGCAUUUCAAGAGAGAUUGCCUUCGUUUUCCAGACUUUCCGAUCGGCCAACAGAAAUGAAACACAAAAGUAGUUUAAACCACGGAAGUGGGGCGGGGCGGAGCGGGAUCUCACUUCCUAUCCAAGCGAAAGUGGUUUGUUUUUUUUCAUUUCUCGGGUGGGUUGGGUUGGAAAUGCAAUAUUUAGAUGUUCGACUGUGAAAAAAAAAAUUAGCUCUUCUGGUCCUCCGACGCCCAAUUCAAAACGCCGGGCAGAGUGCUCACCCAUCCCAACGCUAUGCAAAGAACAGCCGCUAAGAACGGAGCCAGAUCGUCUUUUGUACAACUCGGGCGUUUUCCGUUCCUGUUUUCACCCACAAGGAUUGUCUGGAUCCACCAACCCUUUGGGUGCUCCAGCUGGCGGGACGGCUGGUUUAGUUCGUAUCGCAUCUCCGCUUCAUACUGCAAAUGACUUUGGACGCUUCGCCAGAUCGUAAAAUGGUUCCUCCUACAGCCCUCGGGGAGGGUGCAUGCAUGGUUGCCUGUUGUUCUUUUGAAGCACAAGUCCGAUCUACGGGAGGCUCUUUGGAGUACGGAUUCCUCUCUUGUUCGUUUUUUGCUUUCACUCGGUCGCACUGUCUCCUACAGAACUGGGACCUCUCUUGUUUCAGGCGCAGUCUUGCGAGCAAAAAGCAUCUGUGCAGAGAGACAAAACGGCUUAACCAAGUGCCUGCAUGGGUCAUGCGUAAACAUCUCCUGGCGAGGGGCCAGCGUGUCUUACCACGACUUUCUCCACAAAGGGGAAUCAAACACACACACACACACAGAGGUGGGCUUUUAAGUGAGAACACAUCCAUGCAUCUCCAGCUGUCUUCUUGCUGUCUCUUCACCCUGACCACCUCUUUCUCUGCUUGGUGUCGGGAUUCUUCGUUCAGGCCGCCAGCAUGGCCCACUGCAACGUUUGCGCUGGGGCUCCGAAGUAUUUUGAGCAACAACAACAACACAAAAGCAACCCGGGCAUUUGCAGAAUGGGAAAAUGGAACAGACAACGCCACAUCUCGGAGAAGUUUGCUGCUUGGUUUAAGAAAAGAAAAGAAAAAAUUGCUUUAACACAAAACAAACCUCCAAGACUUGAAUUGUUCCCGUGCUGGACAGUUUUACUUUCCUGCCCCCCGUCUGGAUUUUUUGCACUCCGUUGUUUGAUUGCUGCUUCAAAGGGAAGGGGGGAGUUUAGCACGACAGAAGCAGCUCGGAGCAGCUUUGCUUUUUCAAAGUGCUUAACCUCACCACCACCACCCCGGUCCGGCUCUCCUCCACCUCCCACCUGGUGCAUGCAGUUUUCACUAAGUGCCGUACAAUGACGUCAUUGCUGCGCCCUCGUUAGAACAACGUUUCUGGGUUGGGGAAUCUGUUCCCCUCUUUGGUUAGUUUGUUCUGAUUUCCCCCCUUUCAUUGGCUUUCGAUCCUUUUUUUAAAAAAUUCUUUAUUCUUUUUAAAGGAUUAGACCCGCCUGCAUGUUCCGUGCGACAAAGAAUUCCUUUCCCGUUCCUGCUUCGCUUUGGCCCAACGGUGUCUUGUCCUCUUGCAGAACGGAGGAAGAUUUUUCCCUCUUGGUUUUCUUUUGGGCCACAAAGUCUCCCCGUGGCCUUUUCUGGCCACGCCGAGCUAGCCUGCAAAGAAGCGCUGUAAAAAUCUGUUUGGAACGAGUUCCACCCUCCCAUCUAGCACCUUAGUCUUGUCUCUGUGCCUCUCUUCCUUUUCUGCAGCUGAAAAUGUUGUUAAAUUCCCACAGGAUGUGUGCGUUUGUGCCUGUGAGGGGAGGCACCAUAAUGAUGUAGCUUAUCAGUUUGUUGGCUUAUUAAUAUAUAUUUUUUAUUAUUUUUUUACUGGUGCUGCUGUUAGUUCCAACUUCGUGCUUGGAUGUCAUCAAAAUGGAAAAGGCAGUUUUCUGCAGCCUGGCGAACUUCAGAGGUGUCCUGCGGGUGUUUCUUUCCACCCCGGACAAGCCACACCGCUGGUGACACGCGGCGAAGGAUGCUGUGCGGCUCGAAUCCAAUCAGCACUCCCUUGGCCACACAUGGUCCAGGGUGGGAUGAUAGGAGCCGCAAAGCCGUUAAACCUCUGGAGGAUACCAGGGUAAGGAAGGCUGGAAAGACAGUUGGGUGGAAGAGGAUGAUGAAAGCAGAACGAUGCUUCUCAAAAGAACUCGGAGGCCCUACAAAGGGGAAGGCUUGCCUCCCCAAAUUUUGUGGCAGGCCGGAGAAAUGCUGAGGUCUCCGCUGUGGCACCAGGCCAUAGACUGUUGUUGGGGGAAAAAAAAUUACAUAUUUUUAUCUGUUUCAGGAGCAACUUGGCAGGACAGGGUGGCAAGGGGGCUAUCACGGAUCGAAAGGCAUUGUCUCUACAUUUCAGCGGGGCUUUUUGGAACCGGUUUGAAAGUUCUUUGCCCCUAAGCUGUGAAUGGCAAAGGUAUCGAAACCUAUGGGUCUCCAAAGACUGUUGGACCACAACUCCCAUCGUCCCUGCCCUGCAGCCAACAUGGCUGGGGUUGAUGGGACACCUUGGGGGGAACCAUAUGUUUUUUUCCCAAUCCCGUGGCCCAAGGCUUACACCCAAAAUAUCAUUUUAUCCAAUUCAAAAUAGAGGUAUUGGAACAUUUCCCUCAUUUUGUUCAAUGGAUGCAAGCUUUUAAAGUUACACAGCACUCUUUAGGUGGUGUAGAUCAAGCCCUUGGCUCUACAGACGGCGAAAGCGGGCACUGUGGCAAAUGUCUGGAAUCAUAAAAGCUGGGUGGAAAUAUCUUUAUGGAAAAAGUGGCUUGUCUUUUGUCUUGAGGAAGGGCGGCUUUUCUUGUCUGUUCACCUCCUUGACUCUGAAACUUGCAUAAUGGUUUUCAACUGCCAGAGUUUGGCCUGAAACAGAUAAAUCAUACUUGGGUUUUUUUUGUUUUAAAUAUAUAUAGAACUUUGGGGAUCAAGAGAGCAGCUGCUGAGCCCUGAAACUGGGUGUUGUACAAAAACAUCACCUUUGGAAGAGUUCCACAAAGAUGAUGAUGAUUUUUCCUCUUCCCCCCUUCUGCGUUUCGUUUAUGGAGCAUCUUGGCAGCCCCCAGCGCCAACGUGCUGUGUUUUCUCCCGCAUGGUGGGCAAACACAGCAGAACAGCAAUAAUAAUUUUAAAAAGCGAAACCUGUUAUCGCACCUGCGCAUGUAAUUUUGCACUUGCAAAUAAUUGUGAGAGUUUUAAAUUGGUGGCAAAUCGGGUUUGCGUUCAAAACUGUUGUUUUUGUUUUCCUUUUUUU